CUUAUGAAGUUUGCAGAGAGUGUGGCUGGCAAGUGUCCUUUGGUGUCAACUCAAAUGCUUGCUUUGAUGGCUGCUUCUGCUGUGAAGACGCCAGCACUUGCUUGUGCAAAUGAUAAACUCAAGGCACAUGGGGAUUCACAGCUUGAGGAAACAUUCACAGGUGGCUCAUACAACAUUCCAUAUAUGGUUCCAAGAUGUUUGGCUGAAGGAGGAGUUGGUUCAAACAUGCAAACAUCAACCAUGGAGGAAAAUGAUUCCAUGGUUUCACGGAAAACAAUGGCCAAAGAUAUUCAACAUGAGAAUCCACCAAAGAAGCUUAAGCUUGGAAACUACUGCAGUCUUAAGGGUGAUGUAAUGGAGAUCCUGAGACAGAUGCUAAGUGUGAGUACUACUGGAGAUGGCCCCAAUGGGAAGAGAAUAGAAGGAUUUUUGUAUAAGUAUAGGUCAGGUCAAGUGUGUAUUGUAUGUGUUUGCCAUGGUAGCUUCCUCACUCCUGCAGAGUUUGUGAUGCAUGCUGGGGGCAAGGAAGUGGUGAAUCCCAUGAAGCAUAUCACUGUUUAUUCUAAUAACUCAUUUUAG